AUGGUCGAUCUCUAUCGUCAUCUCAAUCAAUCCAAAAUCGGAGCCAACAAUCAUCUCCGUUACGAACAUGCACACACUGAAAAAUACAUUCCUGUGAAAGAAGGAGGUAUUACAGGUGGAAAUUUGCAUCAUAUCCACUCGGUGGCUGAUCGUAUCUUGCUUAAAUUGGUCGAAUUGUGGAGUGAAUUGGAAUCCAUGGUUCAACAUUUCAAUGAGGCCGUUGAGGAAAAUGUUCAUCAUCGAAAACGUGAAGAAAAAAUUAUCCUGAAAUGUGAAUACUUGUUGCAAGUGAUUGAAGAUGUCUUGCAAUACGUCUUGACAAGUGAAGAAAGAAAGACUUAUCGAGUGGUGUCUGGAAAAUAUAGUUUUAACCGAAUUAAGGAAUUGGUGGAAGAAUUGAAUGGAAUGGAUAUCAAGCAGUUGAAACAUUUGGUGGAUAAGAAGAGUUUGGGAGGAGUCAUUACGGGAGGACAGACGGAAAUGACACAAGAGGUAGUUGGUGGUCCAAGUGGUGGUGCUGGUGGUGGUGUCAAGGAAGGAGAAGAGGUUUCGACUUCUCAAAAUGUCAAUGUCGAUGUGAGAGAAGAAAAAACUGCGGUCGAUAAUCAAGUUCCAGUUUCUACUAACUUGGAGAAUAUUGAACCAACGAACGUGGAGGAGGGUGAUGUGAAAAAAGGUUAUGAAUUUGUAGACAAGUUGCAACAUGAAUUGUCUAUUUUCAAUACAGUGUUGUAA